AAACCCAUUUACCUCGUCACUACCUAUGUGUUCCCACCUCAGCCACCACUUUCUUCUCCACUCUCUCUCUCUCUCUCUCUCUCUCUCUCUCUCUCUCUCUCCAUCAUCUUCUUUCUUCCACCACCGGAAAUUACAGUUCAAUUAACUUGGUGAGUGGAUUGUGUUCGACGAAAUGUCUCAGUGGGGUUCUGUUUCAGCUACUAACUUCAGCUCCCACCAGAGUCGUAUCUUCGAAUUUCCAAACGUAGGAACAGUACCCAGAUGUUGUUUUUCAUUGAGUUCCAAAAAAAUGGCGUCUUUGGCUUUUGGGUCUAAUCAAUUUAUGCCUCCUGGUAGAAUACUGAAGAAGAAGAAGGGUGUUUUGCCUUUAAAGGUGGUUUGUGUGGAUUAUCCAAGACCAGAGCUUGAUAGUACUGUUAACUUUUUGGAAGCUGCGGCUUUGUCUGCUUCUUUUCGUGGCUCUCCUCGUCCAGCUAAGCCUUUGAAAGUUGUAAUUGCUGGUGCAGGUUUGGCUGGUUUAUCUACUGCGAAAUACUUGGCAGAUGCAGGUCAUAAACCGAUAUUACUCGAAGCAAGAGAUGUUUUAGGUGGAAAGGUGGCAGCAUGGAAAGAUGAUGACGGUGACUGGUAUGAGACCGGUCUACAUAUAUUCUUUGGAGCUUAUCCCAACGUACAGAACUUGUUCGGAGAGCUAGGUAUUGAUGAUCGGUUGCAAUGGAAAGAACAUUCAAUGAUCUUUGCAAUGCCCAGCAAGCCAGGAGAAUUCAGCCGAUUUGAUUUCACCGAUGCUCUGCCAGCUCCCUUAAAUGGAAUAUGGGCCAUUUUACGGAACAAUGAGAUGCUGACCUGGGCAGAAAAAGUCAAAUUUGCAAUUGGGCUUCUGCCUGCAAUGGUAGGCGGACAGCCUUAUGUCGAAGCUCAAGAUGGUUUCACCGUCAAAGAUUGGAUGAGAAAGCAGGGCAUACCUGAUCGUGUAACAGAUGAGGUCUUCAUUGCCAUGUCUAAGGCCUUAAACUUCAUUAACCCAGAUGAACUUUCAAUGCAAUGUAUAUUGAUUGCUUUAAACCGAUUUCUUCAGGAGAAGCAUGGUUCCAAGAUGGCUUUCCUAGAUGGAAAUCCCCCAGAGAGACUCUGUAUGCCCAUAGUCGAUCAUAUCCAGUCAUUGGGCGGUGAAGUCCGACUUAAUUCCCGUAUACAAAAAAUCGACCUGAAUGAUGAUGGAACUGUAAAGAAAUUUUUACUAACUAAUGGAAGUGAAAUCGAAGGGGAUGCAUACGUGUUUGCCACACCAGUUGAUAUCCUCAAGCUUCUAUUGCCCGAAAACUGGAAAGAGAUUCCGUAUUUCAAGAAAUUGGAUAAAUUAGUUGGCGUCCCCGUUAUUAAUGUCCACAUAUGGUUCGACCGAAAAUUGAAGAACACAUAUGAUCACCUUCUUUUCAGCAGAAGUCCUCUCUUGAGUGUCUACGCCGAUAUGUCGGUAACUUGUAAGGAAUAUUACAAUCCAAACCAGUCUAUGCUAGAGUUGGUUUUCGCACCAGCAGAAGAAUGGAUUUCACGUAGCGACUCAGAUAUUAUCGAUGCUACGAUGAAGGAGCUUUCUAAGCUCUUUCCUGAUGAAAUAGCAGCUGAUCAGAGCAAAGCGAAAAUCUUAAAGUACCAUGUUGUAAAAACACCGAGGUCUGUCUAUAAAACUGUUCCUGAUUGCGAACCUUGUCGCCCCAGACAAAGAUCUCCUCUUGAAGGUUUCUAUUUAGCAGGUGACUACACAAAACAAAAAUAUUUGGCUUCAAUGGAAGGUGCGGUUUUGUCAGGAAAGUUUUGUGCACAAGCAAUUGUACAGGAUUAUGAGUUGCUUGCUGCUCGGGGUCAGAGAAUUUUGGCCGAGGCUGGAAGUCGUUGAUAACAACACUCGAGUCAAGCUCCACAGUUAGAGCUUGUAAGUGUAAAUCAUUGUUGUUUCGAGUGUCAACGAAAACCGAGCUUAUCUUCAAGCAAGGAGCAUUCCAUCAGAUAUAGUUAUACCUUUUCUUUCUCUUUUUCUAAUUUUUCUGAUCUGAUAAAAGGGUCAUUUUUUCAGUUACUGUACAGUGAUAAUUUAGUGUCUAAAUCUGUUUAAUUUGGAUUUGAAAGAAGUGGACACUUAAAUUUGUAACCAUUUUGUUUGUUUGUGGAACUUGAGAAGAAUUGUCAUUAUAAUACACUGCAUAUACAUAUUGAUUAAAA